UGAUAUUGAUGAAGUAGACAGACCAAUCCUGAAUUAUAGGGUUGAGGUUAAAGAUGCUGGUAAAAUUAAUAGUGAAAUAAUUUCACACUAUAUUGGUAAAAUUAAUUUCACCGAUAUCUCAUUAAAGCUCUAUUAG